AUGUUCCGCCUUCACAAAACCCUCGACGUAAUCACCCUCUUCCACAAACCUUCCCAAGCCUCAUCCACACGUGUCCUCAACAUUUUACGCACUGCGUCUGCAAACGCCACAGAAACGGCCACAAUCGAUCAGGCGAGCGACCACUCGGCGGCGCAUACGGCUUCCCCGCGCGGCGAGUUUGAGCUCGAGGUUACCGAGGAACCGCCCACAAACGACCAGCUCAGCACGAUUCUGGACUAUCUACAGACAAAGGGAGUGAAACCGUCGGCGGUUAUUCAGGGUGCGAGUACCAAGCAGGAUGCGUUGAAGAAGUUGAAAGAGGUUGGUGAUCAGGGGUUUAUUAGACCUGUGGUCGUCGAUUGGAGCAACGGUCGGGCAGCGGUUGGAGAGAACGAGUCAGAGAUAUUGAAGCUCGUCAGAGAAGGAGAGGCGUCGAGCUGA